CGCGUGCCCGUGGAAUCCCCGUGUGCAGCAUCUCGCUCCCCCAAACUCCUAGUCAGCUCUAAAUAUCAUCAACAACAACAGCAGCAAACCUUCUCAACCGUCAGUGGUAGGAAAUCACCGACAUUCCCAUUAGAACGCUUAAAACCACCGCGCCUUCCUACCGAUAAUCAUCAAUCAAUCAAUGCCAUCUCCAAUUCGCGAUUGACUACCUCAUUUCGACUAUCACAAAGAACCCCUCCCCAUUGCCUGCGCCCCAUGCCAUCCGCGAUGAGCGACGCCAACGGCACCAUCACGAGCCGCGAGGUCAAGGCCGAGGGCUAUGACACCGACGAUGCCAGGACGGUAGAGGGCAAGGCGACUUACAAGUCAUGGAAGAAGAAGUACCGCAAGAUGCGCAUCACGUUCGACCGGAAGAUGCACGACUGCGAGGACUUGCAUCGUCAAGAGUCCCAUGCUCUCGCAACGGCCAAGCGCAUCGCCAUCGAGAACGAUCGCAUUCUCGAUUUGCUGCUGGAUAUGAAUUCCUCAGCUCAGAUCCCCCACGACAAACGAUUUCACCUCGCCCAGGACACCCCUGAAGAGUCCGCGUUCCCCCCUCUUGACGCCGAUGUAGAACCGAAUCCCGAUGAACCAACAAAAUCGUUGAAGACUCUCGUUAACGAGGUCCCGCACUACACCUACUCCCAAGCAAAGGAGCAAUACCCUACUGUUGUGGCCGACAUGGAGCCGUUCUCUGGCGAGCCUGAUCCGCCGUCCUUCUUGACGCCUGACGACAUCGAUGACUACAUCCACGAUGUUGAUAGACGCAUCGACCCUGAUAAUCUCCUCCCGACGCUGGCUCCCGCCGCUCGCACGAACGCUCCCCUUCCGGAGACCAACCCCCAUGCUCUAUCUCAGAGCAUCGCCAUGAAGAAUCCCACGAGCGUGUACAACUGGCUGCGCAAGCAUGCACCUAAAACGUUCCUGCAGGAUGCCGAGAAUGCCGCUCCUGCUGACGACGAGGCCGUCGAGACACCCCAGACCGAUGGCCGCAAGCGACGUGGCGGCGCGCACAGGGGCGAAUCGACCCGCGGUGGCCGAUCCCGAGGCGGAAAGCGCGCCUCUCUCGCAGCUGUGCGGGCCGAGAAAGCCGCGCAGCGAGCGGCGGAAAAGGCCGCCGCCGCCGCCGAACGGGCUGCCGCUUUGCGUCGUGAUGCCGACAGCUACGAUCACAGCAUGGAGGACGAGGACUCGGACGGUCUCAGCUUCGCAACGCCGGCCACCGGACGUGGCAAGAGAAAGCGGGCCGGCAGGGAUGAGGACGAGGGAUACCGACCCAGGGGCUCGAGCAGCCGACCGACCAAGAAGAAGCGUAAGAGCGAGGGCGCCGACUUCGGAACCCCUACGGUCACCAAGAGGGGCCGUAAGAGCGAGUCUACGCGCGAUAGAGACGACUAAUGGCUGCAUGUGCUUGGCCGACGGAUACAUAUGUAUCUUGUGGCGAGAGGCCCGUUGUGCACGGCUGAGAAAGAACUCAGCCUGACCGCUUUUUAUUCUUUUUUUUUCUAGACUUGUACAGUACAUCAUACAAUGAUGGUGGUUUCUUUUUUUCUCCUUUUU